GCUGGUCACCGCCCAAACAGGUGGAGCUCAUCCACAAGCUAGUGUCGCUCUCGCCUAUCUCCGGCCAGCGUCUCCUGCGAUCUCCGGCCACCGGCGGUGCCGGACGGCAAGCUUCAGCUUCGGCUUCGGUUGUGAACGUACAGUUUGGUGUUCUUCUGCAAGGAAGUUCAUUAGAUCAGAAGGGUGGCACAAGAUCCGUAGAACAGCCUAGACCAUGGCCGCCUCGAGAUUUCAAGCAUUUUGGAACCAUCCUGCCGGCCCAAAAACCAUUCAUUUCUGGGCCCCGACAUUCAAGUGGGGCAUCAACAUGGCCAAUCUUAUUGACUGUACUAAACCGCCUGAAGAGAUAUCCUAUCCACAGCAAGUUGGUCUGGGUUGCAGUGGACUCAUUUGGGCGCGCUAUAGUAUGGUCAUCACCCCGAAAAACUGGAACCUUUUCGGCGUGAGCUCCACACUAGCUGGUACGUGCGUCUACCAGAUAGCACGCAAAAUACGGAAAGAUUACUUCAGUGAUGAGGGCACCGCCGUGAUGGCACCUGUGGAUUGAUCGAUGCAGCCCGCAGCUACGGUCAAAUUAAAGGAGAGACUCGAUCGGUGUUGAGAAGAAUCUGCAGGGCCCUGCAACGCACUUUGUAUUUACCACUUGUGUGCUGUUUUGUUCAGUGUGUAAUACAGUUCGUUCGGCGUGUAAACUUUUGUGUUGGUGCUUGGUGGUGAAUAUGUUUGUUAUCGGGAUUCAGAACAGAGCAUCUGAUGGUGGAAUAAUCUGCUACGCGAACUUGAUAAUAAAUUGCAUAGCAGAGCACAUGUUUAUUCAAAUAAA